AUGUUUCUCCUGCUAGUGAUGCUGAGACCUGGAGCUUUGUGUUUUGCUUCAUGGAUCACAGGAAUUGGAGUUCUGUGUUUAACCUUCCAGCUAGCAGCCUCUGAGUCAGACUGUGAGCUCGGCGAGAGGUGCUUCGGACAGGGUGAUGAAAACUUUAGCAGCUGGUAUGUGUGGUUCCUGAUGUUGUUUUUCCUGGCCUUGCUCCUGUCCUGCGGGAUCUGCUGCUGCCUGCAGUGCUGGCUGGGACGGCGGAGCUGCCGACGCACCCUGGCCGUCUUCGCGCUCAGCACCUCCGAUGCCUUUUGUGCAAGUGAAGCACCUCAGUGCUCGUUCUCUGGAUCUCUAAGCCCCUGCAUGGCCGCAGAGAUUUCUUCUCCUGCCCCACAGUUCAGCAUUGAAGGAGAUGAGUUGCCUCCAUCCUAUGAGGAUAUUAUGAAGGAAAACAAGUUCUAG